AACAAAAGCCUUCUGACCAUUCCCCUGAAAUUUAGGACCAUCUUAUUCACAAGCAAUCCCUUUAAAUAAUCCCUCUCCCCAACUAUCCCUCUUCAUCCCUUCAUUCACAUUCACUACUAACUCAAAAGCUGCCAAAAAAUGGAGGUUGAAAAUCAAGAGAGGGCAACAAAUUGGGAAGGGUAUGUGGAUUGGAGAAACCGGCCGGCCGUUAGAGGCCGACACGGCGGGAUGUCCGCCGCUUCAUUCGUGCUGGUUGUGGAGGUCCUGGAGAAUUUGGCGUUCUUGGCGAAUGCGAGCAACCUGGUUCGUUACAUGACGGCGUUCAUGCAUUUCUCGCUGUCAAAAUCGGCUAACGCCGUCACGAACUUCAUGGGGACGGCUUUCUUUCUUGCCCUUCUCGGCGGCUUUCUGUCUGAUGCCUUUUUCACUUCUUAUCACAUCUACCUCAUAAGUGCCCUUAUUGAAUUCCUGGGUUUGGUAAUAUUAACUAUUCAAGCUCGUUCGGACUCACUGAAGCCGCCGACAUGCACGCCAGGCGCACACACGGUUCCCUGCGAGCAGGUCCACGGCUCACAAGCUGCAAUGCUAUUCAUAGGCUUGUAUCUAGUGGCAUUGGGAGUGGGAGGCAUAAAGGGCUCUCUGCCGCCGCACGGAGCCGAGCAGUUAGACGACGAGACGGUGGAGGGAAGAAAGCAGAGGUCUACUUUCUUCAACUACUUUGUGUUCUGCCUCUCAUUUGGAGCUCUGUUUGCUGUCACUCUAGUGGUGUGGGUUGAAGAUCAUAAAGGGUGGCAAUGGGGAUUUGGCAUUGCUAUGAUGGCUAUACUUCUCUCCAUUCCAAUCUUCCUUUCUGGUUCCAAGUUUUAUAGGAACAAGGUUCCCCUUGGAAGUCCUCUCACAAUCAUCUUCAAGGUUAUAGUUGCUGCAAUACUAAACUCAUCAUCUCUGCCGAAAACUCCAAGCAACGCGAUUGUAAACAUGGCCAACAGCCCAUCUCCUCCCAUUCCCACCACCAAGGAAGCGGCGAUCACCACUGCAGGAAAUGAACAGCCAUCACAAAGCCUGAAAUUUCUGAACAAUGCAGUGUUAAACAAACCUAAUAACAGCAGAUGGGGAUCACUACAAUGCUCCGUCCAACAACUCGAAGACGUCAAAACCGUCAUAAAAAUCCUCCCCAUCUUCGCCUGCACCAUCAUGUUAAACUGCUGCCUGGCCCAGCUCUCCACAUUCUCGGUCCAACAAGCUGCAACCAUGAACACCCACCUUGGUUCCCUCAAGGUCCCUCCAGCCUCUCUCCCGGUCUUCCCCGUUGUCUUCAUGAUGAUCCUUGCCCCGACCUACGACCACUUCGUGGUACCACUCAUGCGUAGAGUCACUCGCACGGAGAUGGGAAUCUCCCAUCUCCAGCGCAUCGGGGUCGGUUUGAUCCUAUCCAUCUUAGCUAUGGCCGUUGCUGCCCUCGUUGAGGUCAAGCGGAAACAUGUGGCAGUUGGGUCUGGACUUGUUGACUCGACGAGGCCUUUACCCAUCACAUUUUUCUGGAUCGCGCUGCAGUACCUCUUUCUGGGAUCCGCUGACCUGUUCACGCUCGCCGGCUUGAUGGAGUUUUUCUUCUCAGAAGCGCCGUCGAGCAUGAGGUCGUUAGCCACAUCACUCUCUUGGGCAUCACUAGCAAUGGGAUAUUAUCUGAGCACAGUGAUUGUGUCUGUUGUGAAUAGUGUGACUGGGAAGUCGAACCAUCAAGCGUGGCUUUCUGGGGAGAAUUUGAACCAUUACCACUUGGAGAGAUUCUACUGGCUGAUGUUCAUACUUAGUGUUCUCAACUUCUUGCACUAUUUGUUCUGGGCUUUGCGGUACAAGUACAUAUCUCGAAAGUAAUGAUGAGAUAUAUAAUAGUAACAAUAAUAAUAUAUAUUUGUAGUGAGUUGAUUAAUGACAAUGGAAAUGUAUUCACCAUACUUCUUCAUUGUAAUUAUACAAGAGAUAUAUAUGUAGAGCAGUACAGUCAUCCUAAAAUAACCUGGAGAUCCUGAAUGGAAAAGUAUUUGUGCCAUUGUCCAAGGUUGAUGAUGAAGGAGGAGAUAAACUGCAGAGUAGAAACCAAGCAGAACUUGGUCAUUAGCCUUCUACAGAAUUGGAAUCCACACAUUGUGUAUCUAGAUGCAAGGUCGCAUAGUAAAGUGGUAUUUACAAUGCACUUUACAGGUUCCUAGAUGUUGUAUGUUAAGAUUUGAGGUUUCACGCUUUCACCUUUCGAUAUUAAUGCGAUAUGAGUAGGCAAAUAUCUUAUAUAUGUUGUAUUCAUAUAUUUGAUGAAAUGAGAUAGCUUAAUAUUGUAAAUUCUAAUCCUUCAGAAACCUCAAAGCACCAUCAGACACACACACACUUUACCUUGAACACUCG